AUGCUCAUAGGGAAAGGUGGAAAUCUCGGAGCCUUUACAUUGCUGGGAUGGUUGCAGAUCCAGAGCCUGAAUGCUGUCCAGGUUCCCUCAGAACACUUUCACACAGUUCUUCAUGAAUUAUUCUGCACACCUCAACACCAGUUUUCUGUGGCAAGCAGCCAAGACAGUAUACUCGACUUCUGGAACUAUCUUACCAACAAGUUGGAAUCACCGACUCGAUCUUUGAGCAUGGAUGCACCACGAGGAAUUAAUAUCAAAGCACAAGCUGGGAAUAUUGAAGCUCUUUCCCAGAUGGAUAUCAAACUACACAGCAGUGAUGGUGUGCUUUUGCUUGAUGCUGAAACUGUGAGACUGCCCAAAUUACCUGAGGGUACAAGGGGUGGAUCCCAUAUUUCUCACGGGCUCUACGAGAUCUGCGUGUGUCCGGAUGGAAAGCUCUACUUGUCCGUGGCCGGUGUGGGCUCCACUUGCCAAGAGUACAGCCGGGUCUGCCAGUGA